GUCACAAUGCAUUGCCAUGUCCACGCAUUGGGUGCAUCAGAUCGUCGCCUGGGCAGGCGCAGUGCUUCUGACCUCCGAUCACGCUCAAAGCAGAUACAUCAACUCGUUUGCUGGCCCGUACAUUGCCUAUAUGCAUACGUACGAUUCGUGCCCUAGUGAUGGCUCAGCAGUGUUCCACUUGCGUGCCACGCAUUUUAAGCCCGCGAGGCCCUACGAUCUGCAAGUCGUCACAUCUAAUUUGUCACUGACAAGGGAUGUCGAGGACAACUUCUGGAUGUACUUGGACUUGGCCGUUCGAAACAACAACGAGUGGAAGGAGAACGCCUUCGUAGUCAAGUUCCCCAACGUCGGAUGCACUACGAUACGUGACCAAGCCCCGGGCAUCUUCGCCAUCAUAGCCAAAAGCACCGGGGUGUCACUCAACAAGAACGAACGCUGUUUCAUUCCGAAGGGCCAGUACGAUGUCAACGGCCCGGUGAACUGGACCUUUCCAAACUUCCCCAUCAUGCCGUACGGGCGCUACCGUGUCCACCUGCGCGCUCGGGGAGAUCCCAACUCCCCUGUGAGAUACUGCGCGAUCGUCGACUGCGAAGUCAUUCCGAAACCGGGCUAA